GGCUACGAUUGCAACGUGGAGAAGAGUUAGCUGCCUUAGCUACAGAAGGUUGUCUUUAUAACUUCGUCUAACGUAACUCGGUGUUGAGGUUCGACUUGAACUAGGCUCCACUUUUUAGCUGCCUUCCUGUAUUUAAUCUGACUUAACCUGUUAUCGCCAUGAGAGGAAGAGUCUUGAAUAACGCCGUGGUGCUUGUCUUGUUACUGAAUCUAUGUAUGGACGCAUGUUACAACCAAAGUCACACGACGGCCCAACUGAGUACAUUGUUUCUACAAAGUGUGUUUCGUGGCAUAGAUAAGAAUGGAACACUUUCCUACGACCAGCUGGACACAUUUAUAGCAGAGGAGAGGAGCCAUGCUCAUAGACAUCCUGAUCCAAGGACCACGCCCACUCCUGACAAAGAGUCCAACAGUUUAGGAAACAAUUCUUCUUGUAUAGCGAUUGAUAACGAGACCACUUUGCUGGAGUGUAUGGCGCAUAAGUGUCUGACAGUGAAAGAUGUGCUUGCGUUAUAUGGCUUUCAUCCAACAUUCUCGUUCAACAUGACCUCCAUCCAAGCUAUGGCACCAGGCCUGCUGUAUAUGGUCACACAGGACUGUAGCAAGAUCCUUGACAGGCCAGACCACACCAGUACAAAUUCACAAGCAGCAGUGUGGGGCUACGGCUUUUUGUUUGUGACACUCAUCAACCUGUGCUCACUGGUGGGAGUGAUUGUGCUGCCAUUCAUGAAGAUGGCGGCCUACAAGCAGAUCCUCAUCUUCAUGGUAGCCCUGGCUGUUGGCGCCCUUGCAGGAAGUGGGCUGCUCUUCCUCAUUCCAGAGGCGUUCGGGCUGGUCCAGGAAAGUCAUGGCAACAUAGAUUACAUCUUUAAGGCCUGCACAAUCAUGGGAGGAAUCUACUUGUUCUACUUGACAGAGAGAGUCAUGCGUAUGCUGACAGACUGGAAGGAGCGGCGGAACUUGAAGAGAAAGAAUCCCAGUAUCGAGAGUGGACAAGACGAUGCUCCCCAUGGUCUGAUGGACAUCAUCUGCUCUGUGAAGAAGAACACUCCUGUGAACCAGGACCAGCUGUACAAGGAGGCGUCCACCCUGCCCAGCACUGUGUCCAGCAGCACGCAGCAGGAACUCUUCGACAAGAGCAGUGAUGAGUCCACGUAUGGACAUGACAACAAAAUGGCGGACAUCCAGGAAGAUGAGAAAUAUGAAGAAUCUAUGCCAAUGAAGUCACAUGGUCACAGUCAUCACACCAUCAAACCCCUGGCCUGGAUGAUUAUAUUUGGUGAUGGACUUCACAACUUCAUUGACGGCCUGUCUAUCGGAACCGCCUUCACCCAGAAUACGCUCUCUGGCAUCAGUGUGUCGCUAGCUGUCAUGUGUGAGGAGCUGCCCCACGAACUUGGUGACUUCGCCAUCCUGCUCAACUGUGGCAUGACUGUGAAGAAGGCCCUGAUGUACAACUUCCUGUCUGCCUGCAUGUGCUACCUGGGGCUGGGGAUCGGCAUCCUGCUCGGGGAGAACUCCUCCAGUCAUGACUGGGUGUUUGCUGUGGCAGGGGGGAUGUUCCUCUACAUAUCACUGGCAGACAUGAUGCCGGAGAUGAACAGUGCGUCGGAAGGGGAAGGCAGUCGCAGAUACGGCACUGGCCAGAUAUUCUUCCUCCAGAAUCUAGGCUUGAUAUCAGGGUUCGGCAUCAUGGUUAUACUGGCUAUAUAUGGAAGUGAAAUUAGCCUUAUAUGAUUCGAGAUAGUCGCCAACAAUACCAAUAGAAUAGUUAGACAUAUAACUCAGGUGCUAGUUAACGAGUGUCUUACACUGAUGAAGAAUACAUGCUGCAUUUUAUUGUAGUACUGAUGUCACAUGAGUACCUGUAUGUGCAUGUUACUGGAGUGAAUGUGUACCUGU